AUGCCGCGUCUCCUCCGCUUGUGUGGGCAGCCGAUCGGGCUCCUGCUGGUUCUGUCCUCCCUUGAGCUGGGCAGCGCCGCCCGGGCCAAGAAGCUAUGCGGCAGGCACCUGAUGCAGGAAAUAGUACAGCUCUGUGGCCUGGAAGACUGGAGCCUGUUCCCGGAGGAACCCCGUUACCGGCAGCCGGUGCCCCGCGCUGUGGACGCGGUGGGAGCCUUCCUGCGCGCCGGGCGCCCACGCCCCCGAGCGCUGCCCCCCGGUAGGGGCACAGGCACGCAGCCAGUCUCUACGGCCGCCUCUACGGAAGAAGCGAUCAACAGUUCGAAGAUGCAGUCACUAACUGAACAUCAGCAUCGAAAGGACCACUCCCCACCUGAUAAGACGAGAGAAGUUUCCUCUUCACACAGCCACCCAGAUAGUCAUGAGAUCAUGGAAUUUCAGGAGAAACAUACGAACAAAAUGAAAGCCUCAAGUGAUUUGUUUUGGGGGAAUCAUCCCCAAAGAAAACGCAGAGGAUAUUCAGAAAAGUGUUGUCUUAGCGGAUGUACGGAAGACGAACUUAGCAUUGCAUGCCUUCCGUAUAUCGAUUAUAAACAGUUACAACUAGACCACCAGUUGUGACUGAGUUAUGCUAACCAUCAUAGGAAUUAUACUAACUUAAUAAAAGCUUAAUAUAUUUAUUUUACCUUUUUAUUUUUUUGGUAAUUGUGCUUGUAGGUUCAAUGCUAUGAACAAUAUCUAAAUGUACUACAAGCACUUUUGACAAUACUUUAUGGUGACAUCAGGAAUUUUAGUAUUUUCUUUGGUGACCUUUUUUUCCCCAUAUUUUUAAUAUAUUUUUAUAUUUGAAGAUGUUAUUGGAGUUGUCAUGAUCCAGGUAGACAUCUAAAAAUUAUCUGUC